CAGUACAAAAAUACGUUUUCUUUGACUCCUGCUGAAUGAAUCAUUACAGAAAACGUGUAAACAGCUGAUUCCGUGUCACAACAAACCACUGAUUCCCCUGACAAGAGGGCGUAAACACAGCUAUCUUUGUUAUUUUGUAGGUAGCGAAGCACAGCUGGGAAGAGAAUUCUCACUGAAUUGUUUAGAGGACGGCAGAAUGACAAUUCACAACCUCUAUCUCUUUGAUCGCGAUGGGCAGCUUCUGUAUUAUACAGACUGGAAUAGAAAAAAGCAGUCUGGCAUGAGUAGAGAAGAGGAAGCCAAGUUGAUGUAUGGUAUGAUUUUCUCCAUCAAAUCAUUUGUUGCAAAGGUAUCACCUGUUGAUCUCAAAGAAGGCUACCUCUCAUAUACAACCAACAAAUAUCGACUCAACCUCUACGAGACACCUUCCAGACUGAAAUUCAUCCUUAAUACUGAUAUUCAUGCACAAGGAAUUAAGGAACUUCUGCAGCAGAUAUAUACUCAGGUGUAUGUGGAGUAUGUGGUAUACAACCCACUCUGCAGCCUCAAAAAACCCAUUGAGAGUGAGUUGUUUGCUGCUAAGCUUGAUGAGGUUGUAAAACAGAGCCCAGCAUAUGCGUCAAGACCAGCAUGAGGAAGGAGGCCGAGUAAAGUUUUGCUCUGAAGAAUGUAAAUUGAAGAACUAUACAUUAUAAUUAUUACUGUUGUUUUAUCUAAGUUUUUUAUUGUUAUUAUUUAUUCAGAGAAGAAUAUUAACUGAAGCAAUAGAUCUGCAUAAUGAAUACCGUCUUGCUUCAGAGAUUUCAGGUGUGGCACAUCUGAUUGAUAUUUAGAUACUUUUUUUUUUGUAAGAAAGAUUCAGUGGGUUGUUUUGAUGUCUUUGAGAAUUUAGUUAAAUUACUGUGACAUUUACCGUUGAUUUUAAAACAAGGGUUUUAAAGGAGACUGAAAACUUGUUACAAGAGUUGAUUCCAUAUUGUAUUAUCAAUAAAGAUUACCUUUUCUAUACA